GAUGCGGCGGCGGCCAUGGACAACAUGCACAACUCGGAGCUCUUUCGCAAACUGUUGACGGUGAAUUACGCGCAGCCCAUGAAGAUCAAGGGAAGAGAACAGGGCUGGGCAUCUCAACCAAUUUGGGCCGAUGCCGAUACAUGGUUUGAGCGAAAACAGCGGGAGCUAGAGAUGAAGAAGCUCAAGGCCGAGCAGGAUGCCACGGUCAAGGCGGCGCAAGAGGCCGAGAGGAAGAAGCUCUUGGAUGCCCUCGAGGGAGAAGUGGAAGAACCGGAA